AUGCGUCUGCUUAACGUAGGCAUCGGUGAAUUGUCUUCGGCUGCGGAAGGCGACGGACCAGUGUGGCUCGGUCAGCAACAGCCGCGGCCACUUGCAUUAUUUCAGCUUGCGCCCUCGCUGCGAUUCGGCUUUUCAUCCCGCUAUGGAGAGGCAUUCCGUGGCGGCGGUCGCAUGCCGGACUCCCGGAUGCAACGCCCGCCGCGGCACCGCAAGCUGCGUAGCGGCAACGCAUGA